GCUUGAACGAAAGCUAGCAGCUAAAACAACUAGGUCAACUGAAUGCCCGACUGCAUGUUACUUACCAUUCACCUGACUAUAUAAGCCCAGGAAUGAGGAACCAAAAUCAUCAGUUGUUUACCAAACUAACCUAAGUACAACAUGAAGCUGUUCUUCGUCGCCGCAUUCUUGGCUGUUGCUGCCGCCGUACCAUCCAGCUACAAGCCGGAAUACAAGGCUCCCAGCUCCCCUGCCCCAAACUACCCGGCACCAAAGUACCCUACUCCUAGCUACCCCGCACCAGCCUACCCCGCACCAGCCUACCCCGCACCGCAAUACGCACCACAAUACGCUGACAUUACCAUCACCAGCCAAUCUGAUGAGCGCAACCUCGAUGGCAGCACCCAAUGGAGCUAUGCCCAGUCUGACUACACUACCCGUGAAGAGUCCCAGGUCCAGAAAAAGAUGCAAGGAGUCACCUACGAUUCUUACGGAAAAGAAUCGUACGGUGAAGUCUUAGGCAACACCAACAAAGGAUCCUCUUACUGGGUUUCCCCUGAAGGCCAGAAAUUCACUUUGACUUGGGCCGCUGAUGAAGCUGGAUUCCAGCCCAAAGGUGACCACUUGCCCGUCGCUCCCGUCCACGAAUACGAGCUCCCAGUUGCUCCCGUGCAUGAAUACGAACUCCCAGUUGCCCCCGUCCACAUCCCUUUCAACGGCAAAGGCUACAAGAUCUACUAAAUUAAUGAAAUCUCAAUUGGAUAAAUAAUUUAAAGCCAUGUAUUUCAGGCCCUACCCCUCUUGGCUCUUGGUGUAAAAACGUGUAAGUAUAAAGCGGAGACUAUCUAGCAAACUUGUUUCUUUGAAGCACAUAUUCAAUGUGGUUCUUGUUGAAAUUGAGCUUUUUCGUCGACUUUGGGUGUUGGGCCUUGAUUAGUUGUUGAGAGUAUUUUGAAGCGAUAAAGGUGAAUCCGGAAUAAUGUGAAGAUGCAACAUGAUGCGAAUUCAUGCUGGACAUUGUAUGGGAACAGAGGGAUGUGCACUUAAGAAAGUGUCCGAUCACUAAUCAAAAUUGUUGUUCAUAAUAAAUCGCUUGGAAUCGCAAUAAAAAGUGUAGCUUCACCCGUG